UGCCCGAUGUUUUCUACUUCUGUGGGACAGAUGCAGAAACUGAGUUGAGCUGUGAACUCCUCCACAUGAGAAUAAAGACCGGACAGGUCACGAUGCAGCUCUGCACGGCUCUCUUCCUGCUGGGAAUCUCCGCCGUGGCUCCAGUGAAGCACUCUCUGGAGUAUUUCUACACUUUAUCCUCUGAAGCACCAAACUUUCCAGAGUUUGUGGCUGUUAUUUUGGUUGAUGAAGUUCAGAUCAUUCACUAUAACAGAAAUAUGAAGAGCGCAGAGCCCAAACAAGACUGGGUGAACAAAAUCACAGAAGACAUUCCAGCAUACUGGGAGAAGAGAACCGAGAGGUUGAAGUUAAAUCAGGAAAUGUUCAAAUCAAUCAUUGAGACUGCAAAGCCGUGCUUAAACUACACUGGAGGUCUUUACAUCGUCCAGGGGAUUUUAAGCUGUGACUGGGAUGACGAGUCUGAUGAAGUGAACGUCUUCACUCAAUUUGGUUAUGAUGGAGAAGAUUUUCUGUCUUUAGACAUGAAGACACAGACCUGGAUCCCUCUACAUCAACAGGCUGUUGUCGUUAAAGAAUUGUUGGACAACAACAAACCACUUUUGACAUAUUUUAAACAUUACUUUACCCAGGAGUGUCGUCAUUGGCUGAAGAAGUUUCUGAAUUAUGGGAAAAGUUCCCUGAUGAGAAAAGAUCUUCCCUCAGUGUCUCUCCUCCAGAAGACUCCCUCCUCUCCGCUCACCUGCCACGCUACAGGUUUCUACCCCGACAGAGCCGACUUGUUCUGGAAGAAAGACGAGGAGGAGCUCCAUGAGGACGUGGUCAAAGGAGAGAUCCUCCCCAACCAUGACGGGAGCUUCCAGAUGAGCGUUGAUCUGGAUCUUUCAGGGCUCAAAGAUGAAGACUGGGGGAGGUACAGCUGUGUGUUUCAUCUGGCUGUAGGACAGGAAGUCUCCAAGAGACUGGACAAACGGGACAUCAGGACCAACUGGAGGGAGAAGAGGAGCAGGGAUAAAGGGUUUCCCUCUGCUGUUGUGGUUGGACUGCUCCUCCUGGCCAUCAUUGCACUUUUCCUCCUCUGGAGACGCAACAUUCAAACUUCUGAAAGUUCACCUUCAUCAGGAGAAGAUCCAGCUGUGAAGAAAGAGAUCAGUGAAAAGCAAACCAUGUUACAAACCACAUAAUCAACAGAAAGUGAAGAAUCUCCCUCGAAUGAAGAUUUGAAGGUUGAAAGACAAAGUCUGAGUGGAAAUCUGUUCUGAUGUGAUUUCUGCUUUUGUCCUUGAGCCUCAUCAACUCUGCUCACCUGUAUUCCUGUUCAUUCAUUCAUGGAUCUGCAGUGUGGCAUUCUGGGACCAUUUCAUUCAUGCUGAUGCUGUUGUCCAGCUGUGUGAGCAGAUGUUCCGGAGUGAGAAAGUCCUGCAGCGGCUUUUACAUAUCGAACAUUUGAGAAGAGAACAAAACAAAAGACAGUUUUCCUUCAUAGUGUUCAACUUUUGUGUCAAUUAUGAUCAUUGGGUGAUCCAUUAAACUGGAAGACAUUUAAUUUCUUUAAUACAGUUAAUGUAGGAUUUCUUUAGUACAUGCUUUUUAAUCUUCUAGAGUUUCCGAAUGAAAGUUUUUUUUUUCUGUCAUUUUAGAAAUAACUUCAUUUCACCAUUUAAAUAUCCUGAAAUCUUGUGGAGACUUUACAACUCUUCAAUCUCAAAGCUGAUUGAAAGGCAAUACCCUGAAUGAACACGAGCUACUGGCAAUAAAAUGUGUGACAGUGAUGCAUCCAGAUGAACAAUAAAUGAUUUAGUAUAUCUUUUAUCAUUUUGUUGUACAGUCCAUCAUAGUUGGUCUGCUGAUGUCAAACAGAAAUGGAAAAAAUCAGAAGUCCAGCAAUGUCCACAAAAUGCCAUCCACCUUAAUGCAAAACACUCAUGAGCAAGAACAUCAAUAAUAAAUCCUGUGCAACGACUUGAACAACUU